AUGGCUCCUACACAAUCUGGCCACAAGCGACCAAAAGACAAGCCGGAGCGGCGCCGGCAGAAGCGCGCUGCACAGAAGAAGCCCAGGGCAGAUAGCGGAAAGUCUGCAUUUUGGAAAAAGGAGAUCACCAAAAAGCUCAAAACUCCCCAAAGACAGCCAUCAUUUGAGUACUGGAAUCCCGAAAGACUCCUGAGCGACAAAGAAGUGGCCAAAUUCUACCGGGACAAUCACAGCCGCUGUAUGUAUUAUGGAAAAUGCCAGGACUCGAGAGAGCGCACAGCCAAAGAGAUCAUCGAACAGGUACAGAGUGGUCUCAGUGCCACGGAGAAUGUAAAAGUCACCAGCGCCUUUCAAUCCUUUGAAGGCGGCACGCAUGCGGGCGCCACGAAGACAGAAGUCGAGAUCUUCAGUGAUGUGCAGCUGGGGGCCAUGAAGGACGACGCACAGGCUGACACGUCAGAGAUCGAGGGCAAGGACUGA